AUGCCUUCUGACCCCGCCGCCAACCUGGGCGCCCUGCUGCGCGCAGCCUCCAUCGAAGACCACGAAGAAGUCCUCAAGGCCGCCAAUGCCACUCUAAAAGCCUCAAAGACGGACCUCGUCGCUCAACAGACCCGAGUGGUCGCUCUCCUCAAACUCGAUCGCUUCGACGAUGCCCUACGCGCUAUCGCCGAUGGCGGCAGCAAACUUGAGGACACCACCCUGUUGGAGAAGGCCUACGCACUGUACAAGACAGGAAAGCUACAAGAGGCCCGCGAGAUCGCCAACUCCAAGCCCUGGCGGAGUUACCGCCACCUCGUUGCCCAGGUCGCCUACCGAGCUGAGGAUUUCAAGGAUGCGCUCAGCGUCUACACCAGUCUGUUGGAGGAACCACAGGGUGAAGAUAGCGACUUAAAGAUCAAUCAACUGGCAUCCGCCGCUCAACUAGAGUGGAAGUCCUCCAACAACCUUGACGGCGAUGACACGCCUAUCCCUACCGCCGAAGACGCCGACACUUUCGAGCUUGCGUACAACAUUGCCUGCGGCACCAUUGCGCGCGGCGAUCUGUCUAAGGCCAUGGUGCUCCUUCAGAGGGCUCUGCGCCUUUGCGAUGAAUCCGAAGAGCUGUCCGAGGACGACAAGAAAGCUGAGAUGAUUCCCAUCAUGGUCCAACAGGUUUACGUCUACUCGAGGUUAGGCAAGGCCGACCAAGCCCUCGAAAUCCAGAAGCGUUUGUCUAUCUCCGAUGACUGGGAUGCCGAGUCUAGGUUGAUUGCUCUGAACAACAAGUCGGCUCUUGCCAACGAAGUCAAGAACCCAUACUUAGCCCAGCGUGAAGUUGACGCGGCAGCGGCCCUGAGCAAGGAAGCCAAGCUGUUCAGAUACCAAGAGAGCCAGCUGAAGCGGAACAAGUACAUCCUUGGUCUGCAUUCUCAAAAGUUUGACGGUGUCUACGAGAGCACAUCCCGCGUACUUGCAGAUGCCGCACCUACCGUAUCCGUGGACACCAACAGCCUUUCGGCUAUCAACGCUACGGCCCGCGCCCUGCGUCAUUCCAAGACGGUCGACGUCAAGGAUGUCCUUCCCCUGCUUGAGAAGCGCCCCACGGAUGUCGGCCUGCUACUCACCACAGUACAGCUUUACCUUACAGCAAACAAUCCUGGCGCCGCACUAUCUGUCCUAGAGUCCUUCCUGCAGAACAUGGAGAAGCAGGGCACGUCAGAAGUACGCUUCUCUCCCGGGCUAGUUGCCUUGACCGUUUCUCUCUAUAGACAACAAGGCCGCCACGGCAGUGUUCGGUCAGAAUUAGCAAAGGCGUCGUCCUUCUGGGAAAAGCGAGACGGUCGCCACGUCGACUCGCUCUUGCGCGGCGCCGGCUCGGAGCUCCUCAAGUCAUCGGACCUCAACGACCUCACGGCCGCUGGUGCCGCGUUCGAGAAGCUCUGCCAGAAGCCCAGCGCAGACCGCGCCGCCGGCGCCGGCCUCGUGGCGUCCUUCGCUACCUCGAACAGAGCCAAGGUUACGCCACCUGCCCCCAUCGACGACCUGCUGUCCAGCAUCGACGUAGAACAGCUCGUCAGAGACGGCGUCGUCACUCUCGCGACGCCAGCCGGCCAGGCCAAGAAGCGCCGCCUUGACGCGCAGCCGACCGAGAAGGCCAACAAGAAGAAGCGGAGAAGAAAGCUGCCCAAGGAUUACGUCGAAGGCAAGAAGAUGGACCCGGAGCGGUGGCUGCCUCUGCGCGACCGAUCCUCGUACCGGCCCAAGGGCAAGAAGGGUAAGAAGAAGGCCAAUGAGGCCACGCAAGGUGGCUUCGUUAAGGAAGAGGAGACUCUGGAGCUUGCGGGCGGCGCGGGCUCUGUCAAGGUCGAAAAGGCACCAACUUCAUCGUCCAAGAAGAAGAAGAAGGGCAAGAAAUGA